AUGGAGGGGGACGGCGCCGUCUCCGCGGUCAAAACACGAAAUUCGGCGUUCGGGGACGGGUUUACGGACGUCGGCAACAACAACUACCUAGAGAACAACGAGGUAGGGAACCCCGUAAGAGCAAAUCACUCCUACUAUGGCAUAGACUUCCCCAAUUCCGUGGCCACCGGAAGAUUCAGCAACGGAUUCAACUUGGCUGACUUCAUCGCAAAGGCUAUGGGAUUCGAGAUGAGCCCUCCCACAAAAAUGGAGGCUGGUUUUGCUGGAGUCAACUAUGCUUCGGCGACCUCUGGGAUUUGGAGAGACAUCGACACCGGACUGGACAUCCCACUGAUGGUGAUGGACCAAGUGAAGAACUUCGCGGACACGAUAGGGCAGAUGGGCGCCAACCGUAGCCCGCAAGACCUGAGCAAGAUGUUGUCCAAUUCCCUCUUCCUCAUCAGCACCGGCACCACCGACCUCUACUUAAUCUACAACAUCAACAACAAUGGGGGCUCGGACAGCAAAACCGAUGUCCCACACCUCAUCUCCUCCUACGGCGACAACAUCAUGACCUUGUACAACUUGGGCGCGAGGAAGUUCGGUAUCAUCAACGUCCCGACCUUGUGCACGGCGGUGGUGCGCCAUGGCUGUGAGGGCCUCAUUACCAGCCUCCGGGAGGAGUUCAACGAUGGCAUCAAGCCACUCAUGGCCGGCCUCGCCUCCAACCUCAGUGGCCUCCGCUACUCCAUUGCCGACUUUCACGCCUUCUCGGAUGCAGUCAACAUGAGUCCGUCGGCCUACAGUAAAAUCUAUCAAAGUUGUCUGUGGUUUGUUGAUGGAUGCACAGGGUUUGUGAACACCGGGGGCGCGUGCUGCCAAGGCUCCUGCGCACCUGGUUCUGGGCUGCCGUGUGCCAACCGCUCUCAGUACUGGUACUGGUAUUGGAACGAGGAGUACCCGACGGAGCAGGCCGCUAAGCUGGCCGCAUCUGCGUUUUUCAAUGGCACAACCCAAUUCACAACGCCGGUGAACUUCAAGACGCUGAUCAGCCAAAAGUGA